AUGGUUACUUUUAAUUGUGAAGUUUGUAACGAUACCGUUCCAAAGAAAAAUACCGAGAAACAUUACUACAGAUGUCCUCAAGCAUACUACACUUGUAUUGAUUGUUCCAAAACUUUUGAUGAUGGUGUAAGUUAUAAACAGCAUACACAAUGUAUCAGUGAAGAUGAGAAAUAUCAAAAAGCAUUAUAUAAGGGGAAAAAAAACCAAAAGAACCAAAAUCAAAACCAAAAGAAAGAUAUCCCUACACCAGACGCUACUCCGGAUGUAGACACUAAAUCUAAGAAAGAGAGAAAUAAAAAGGACACAAACAGCAGUAAUAAAGAUGAUUCCAAGAGUAAAAACAAAAAUAAAGUCACCAAACCAAGCCCAAAAUUAGAAAGUGGGAAGUCCUUAUAUAAAAUCUUAAAAAUCUUUCAAAAACAAUGA